GGUGGAUACUGGUGGAUACUGGUCUGACCCCAGUGUCCCCCCAGUCCCCACCAUGAGGCCGGUGGCCGCCGCCCUCCCCACGGCCCUGCUGCUGCUGGUGGCCCUGCCCCCAGGCACUCGAGGUGGCCCGUGGGCCGCUUGGAUGCCCCCGGAAGUCGCCGGCCUCUCGGGGACGUGCGUGGCCAUCACUUGCCGCUUUGGCUACCCGGAGGAACUUCGCCCGGCCACCGUCCACGGGUUGUGGUAUUUCGGGAGCCCUUAUCCCAAAAAUUACCCCCCCGUGGUAGCCCGUUCGCGGGGGGGGGUAGUCCACGAAAGUUUUACCGGCCGGGCUAGUUUAACGGGAGAUCCGUUUGCCCGCGACUGUUCCCUCCUUUUGGGCAACCUCAGCCCGGAAUUGGCCGGCAAAUAUUAUUUUCGGGGCGAUUUAGGGGGUUACAACCAGUACAGCUUCUCCGAGCACGCCGUCCUCAGGGUGCUGGAGGAACCGGAGUUGGAAAUUCCCCCCGAAAUGGUGGCGGGGACGGAGGUGGAACUUCGGUGCCGGGUCCCCGAUAAUUGUCCCCACCUGCGCCCCCAAAUCGAGUGGGAAGGGACGGAAGAACUCCCCGAAAUUUCCCAAAAAGAAACCCGCCAAGACCAGGCCGGAGACGCCUCCAUCUUGGCCUCCCUCAAGUUUAGGCCUCGGCGGGAAGAUGGAGGCCGCCGCUUGGCCUGCAAAGUGGCCUUCGCCAACACCAGCCUGGCCUUCCAGGCCUCCUUGGCCCUCGACGUCCAGUGUGAGCCCUUAAAUUGGGGGAAAAAACCCCCAAAAAAGGGCCCUUAAAAAUUUUUUGGGGGC